CUCCCCAAAAAAGAUGUCAUACCUAUGUCAGAUCCUCCAAAAAAAUGCAUUGGCGUUUGGAGGUUCUGGCACGCAAUCAACGGGAUUUUGGAAGAGUCCGAGCAACAUAGGGUAAUAUUUGCUAAGUAUGUUCCAUGUUCUGUUAUCUGUCCUUUUGUCAUUUGGGAUUUUCUGAGUGUUCUUUGGUUGCAGCCAGCAAAUGGAACUGCAAUACUAGGAAAAGAGGUUGUUAUUUGUAAAUAUCGAUCUGAUCACACUGUUGCACUGGGCUUAUUGUCUUUUAUCUUUCUUGCUGCAUCUGCUGUGUUCGGCUUUUCGUCAUUGUUUUACCCAUAUAAGGGGAAGUCAAUUCCUCAGGCUGUUCUGCUGAGAAGCACUAGUUUCGUCGUAUUCCUCAAUGUUGCUUUGGGUAUAACUGGCUUAGCAGCAGUGCUGUUGUUGUGGCCUACAAUCAGUGAGCAACUUCAUAUCACGCGUAACAUACACCACAACCUGAACACAGAGUGUCCAACUGCCAAGACUGGUCUUCUCUGUGGCGGCGCCUUCUCGUCUCUUGACUCUGCGCUCUUCUGGUUGGUUUGCUUGAUGCUGGCUAAUAAUGCUCGAGACGAUUACUUUGAAGAUGCAGCAGCAGCAGAUCGAGGAUGCAGUAAACGAUGAAGAAGAUGUAGUGCCUAAGAUGUGUGUUAUGUCUUUCACUCACUUGCUUCCUUUUUUCUGAUUCAGAGGGCAAACUUUUUAAUUGAG